AUGGAUACAUGUAAUAUAGAAAGUAUAAGAAAUUUAAUAAAAGGUGAUGUUUUAUUUAGAAAUUCUGAAGGAUAUAAGGAGAGUGUAAAUAGUAGAUGGAAUAUUGAUGGCUUGAACUAUCCAUUAAUAAUUGUAAACCCCAUCUGUGAUGAGGAUAUUAAAAAUUCAAUUUUGUUUUCAAAAAACCAUAAUUUAAUUUUUACAGUAAGAGCAGGUGGUCAUUCAUUAAAAAGUGAUAAUGUAGAUGGGUUAUUACUAGAUUUAAAGUAUUAUAAAAACAUUAAAGUGGAUGAAAAUAAUAAAAUAUUAACUGUAGGAGGUGGAUGUUUAUUAGGAGAUGUAGAUAGAGAGUCACAAAAGUUCAAAUUGGUAAUUCCAACGGGUCAAGCAAGUGAUACUGGUUUAGCUGGUUUAUGUUUAGGAGGUGGUGUAGGACACUUGACAAGAUCAUUUGGAUUAACAUCAGAUAAUUUAAUUUCAAUAAAUUUAAUAGAUUGUGAUGGAAAUAAAAAAAUUGCAAGUAAAAAUACAAAUUCAGAUUUAUUCUGGGCAUGUAAAAUGGCAGGUUCAAAUUUUGGAGUUGUUACAGAACUAACUUUUAAAGUUUAUGAUUUAGAUAAUAUUUUAUUAGGAAGUUUUAUUACAGGUAUAGAAAAUGGAAAAGAACUGUUAAAUAAAACAUGUCAAUUUUUAAAGGAAGAGUACUUACCCAGGGAAUUAUCAGUUUCAAUAACCAUUGAUUUUAAUACAGUUGUUAUUUAUGGUAUUUAUAAUGGUCCAGAAAAUCAAGGGAAGGUAGUAGUUGAAAAGCUUUCAUCAUAUUUACCAAAAAAAGAUUUAACCACAAACAGCAUAGCCAACAUAGAGUUUACAAAGCUUCAGUGUGCCUUUGAUGAAUAUCUACCUAGAAACAAAUGUUAUUAUAAGAGGGGUUUUUUUAUAUCAAUAAAUCCAAAUGAAGAAUUAAUUGAAUUAAUCACAACUGAAUUUAGUAAACAUCCAACUGGAACCAUAUCUGCAGUUUUCACUCAUUUAGGGGGAGCAUUAAAAGACUUUAAUGACUCACCUUUUGCCUUUAGAGAUUCAAAAUUUCUUAUAACAAUUCUAUCAAUAAUUCCAACACCAAAAGAUAAACCAAUUAUUUUAGAAUGGACUAAUCAAUUAUUUUCAAAGUUAAAUAAAUUUAAAACAGCUGACUAUUCUAAUGUAACUGAUGAAAUCUUAACAUUGGAUCACUAUCAUGGCUAUAAUAUAGAGAAAUUAAGAGAUAUAAAACUAAUAUAUGACCCAAAUAAUUUUUUUAAAAGUAAUAAAAAUAUAAUUUUAAAUAAAUAA